AUGGCACUUUCGCUUCUCCUAACUGUUGUCGUGGCCGACGAUCCGUCCGCCAUAUACUGCAGCGACGACAAGUACUUCAAGGGCGACCACGAACUGAAGGCGAGCAUUAAGGCCGUGCUCGGCCAGUUGCUCGAGCAAACUACGGCUUCAGGCGACUCCGACAUAGAGACCAAACUCCAACAUCCUGCUGACAAACCUCGGGUUUACGGUGCUGCUUUCUGCGAGAAGUCUCCACCGGAGUCCUGCAAGCACUGUCUCAGGGCGGCUAAGAAAGAGCUUCUUCACGGAUGUGACCACACCGCUGGUGCUGAGUUCUACUCCGAGCUUUGUUACUUGAGAUUUGAGAUCUAUAACUUCCUUUCCUGA